AGACAGAAAACCGAAGGAGCUGCUACGGGCGCGAGGCGACGCGAGAGCCGCCGGCGGCCAAGACGGAGCUUUACCUGAACAAGGGCAGAAGUUUAAAAAUACCGGUCCGAACAAAACUACCUCCAGUGGCCUAAACGAGAAGAUCUCCGACCACGGUGCUGGCACAACGAGAACCACAUCUGGAGGCAAGGCCACCAGUUAUUUCUCGCCGACCUCUGCACACCAUUUGCAGACUACGUCCCAGCUGCACGACAGCACCAGCUCCUGCUUCCUGGGUGAGAUUUCGUUGCUCUUGUCCAGCUUUCUGUUCCUCCCGAGACAGG